AUGGAGAGCGUAUUGAAUCUGACACCCGAAGAAAUCGCCUACUAUGAGGCACAUGCGGAUGAUAACCGCCAAUCGAGCAAAACUGCCGCCAACAUUGUCGGGAUUGUGCUCACUCUUGGAGCGGUGGGAGCACGAUUAUUCGCGCGAUACUGCUCGAGGGUUCGAUUGAGCUGGGAUGAUUAUCUUAUUUUUCUGGCUCUGAUGGGCCAACUUUCGUAUGCCAUCUUAUUAUUCAUGUCUAAUGCAAACGGUGAUGGUCGACACAUGAUUUUUGUUAAAAACUACAAGCGCUUUGUACAGGAAAGCGCCGCAAAUGCAAUCGUGUACGCGAUCACCGUCAUGGCCACCAAGAUAUCCAUCUUGUUUCUGUAUCGUCGUAUCUUCCCAACAAGAUCACUCGUGCUGGGUGCCUAUUUCGUCGGCGCAACGGUCAUCGCGUACAACGUUGCUUUAGCAUUCGUCGCGGCCUUCCAGUGCGUGCCCUUUUCGUCGAUGUGGACAGGAGAGCCUGGGAAAUGCAUCGGUAUCUCCGUGCCGUUUACGAUUUUCGCCGUUGUAAACGUGGUCACGGACUUUGCUAUCUUGGCGCUCCCCGUCAAACCCGUGUUGAAGCUGCACAUGCGCAGGAACCGCAAGAUCCAAGUCUUGACCAUCUUUCUUCUGGGCGGGAUCGUCUGUAUCUUCGGCAUCAUUCGCGUAGUCGCAAUCGCCACCAUGAACCCCGUGGACACCAGCUACAACGCAGUCUUCUUCAGCAUCUGGUCCUAUCUCGAAGUUUCCGUCGGAAUCCUAGCAGCCUGCCUACCUACCUUUGGACCCCUGUUCGCCCUCCGCAAGCGAGAUCCGCUGCGGAUCGAAACUCACAGUUCGAGUUCAAGCCGACUGUGGAAGCUGAUCAGCUCUCGGGGACGAGAAACGGAACAGAGUAAUUUGGUGAAUACAGGGAACUCGGAUCUUAGUGACUCCUGGCCGGAGGUUGGAACUUGCCACACUGGCACUAUACAGCUGGAUAGUCUUUGUGAGGGGAGGGAGAAGGAGCAGGGGCAGGCACCUGGGUCGCCGAGUAUUCUGGUACAGAAAGACAUGCAUCAAAGCGUCAAGUUUGUUUAGUUUGUCUUAUAUCAGGAUUGGAUCGAUGGAUGAGUCUACU